GCAACCAUCCCAGACUACAAAGCUCAGAUCCAGGUUUGCUGGAGUUUGGGGGUUGCUGGGCUCAGGGAUUGGGGAUCCGGGCCCGUUUCUCACUCCUCCUCCUUUCCCCAGCAGGGAGGAUGGGGCGUUUCGGAAGCCAGAUUCAGGGUUUGCGGAGCUGGAGAAGAGACUCAGCCAUUUCUCUCUGAAAAGUGCCGUCCUGAAGCAGGUGCUGCUGGGAUUCAAAGAGACGCUGCGACGGGAGCUGGGGAGCGACACAGAGUUUCCAGUUGUCACACCUGAUGUGAUCUCCCAUCUGGAACAAGACAAAGAGCCAUGGGUCCCAGAUCUCCAUGAUUCAGAGGAAAGAGAGAUCCUGAGCGGUGCCAGCACAGGAGGUGUGUUGCUGAGUGAGAAUGAGGAGCAGAAACCUCAGCAGAAAGAUGCUGAGCAAGUGAAACCACAUGGGGUAUUACUGAAAAUAUCUCCAGAGGAUGUUUCCAGGAGUCAUGAGCAGAGGAAAAGUUGUGAGAGUCAGCACAGGCUGGAGAGGAGACAGAGAAACAAACCAAGUGAGAAAACGAAUAAACCCAUUAACAGUUGUGGACCGCACACACACCUCAAAGAAACUGCAGCCCGGCAGAAAAUGCAGGCAGGAGAGAGAAACAAGACAUGCGCUGAGUGUGGGAAAAAAUUCAGUAGCCGCUCUGCCCUUAUAUUACAUCAGAGAAUCCACACGGGAGAAAGACCCUACGAAUGCUGUGAGUGCGGGAAAAGCUUCACUCGGAGGUCAGCCUUUAUUAGACAUCAUAGAAUCCACACAGGAGAGAGACCCUAUGAAUGCCGUGAGUGUGGAGAAAGCUUCACUCGGCACUCAAACCUCAUUACGCACCAGAGAAUCCAUACAGGAGAAAGACCCUACAAAUGCUGUGAGUGUGGGACAAGCUUCACUCAGAGAUUUUCCCUGACUACACAUCAACGAAUCCACACAGGGGACAGACCCUAUGAAUGCUGUGAGUGUGGGAAAAACUUCACUAACAGCUCAGCACUUAUGGCACAUCGGAGAAUCCACACAGGAGAAAAACCCCAUGAAUGCUGUGAGUGCCAGAAAACCUUCAUUAGCAGCUCAAAGCUCAUUGCACAUCUGAGAAUCCACACAGGAGAGAGACCCUAUGAAUGCGGUGAGUGCAAGAAGAACUUUACCAACAGCCCAGACCUUAUAAAGCAUCAGAGAAUCCACACAGGAGAGAGACCCUAUGGAUGUUCUGACUGUGGGAAAAACUUCACUUACAGCUCAGCACUUAGGAAACAUCAGAAAAUCCACACGGGAGAAAGACCCCAUGAAUGCAGUGAGUGCGGGAAAAGCUUCACUCAGAGCUCAUCCCUUAUUUCACAUCAGCGAAUCCACACAGGAGAAAGACCCUAUGCGUGCUCCGAGUGUGGGAAAAAAUUCAUUGACAGCUCAUCACUUCGGAGCCAUCAGAGAAUCCACACGGGAGCCAGACCUUAUGAAUGCAGAGAGUGUGGGAAAAACUUUACUUGGAGCUCAAACCUUAUUACACAUCAGAGGCUCCAUAGCUCAUAGAGACACUCUAGAAGCUCUAAAUGUGGGGAAAGAUUGUAUCAGAACUCAGCCCUAACGUAUCAUCAGAGACUUU